GUCUCUGGUUCGCUUUUGGGUCAGGCCAGGCCACAAAACAGCAGCAUAUUAAAAUACUAAAAAGCAAAAAAAAAAAAUAGUUUAGCAUAGCAAAGAAAAGAACAAGAUUGCUGACUAAAUAAUCAAACUCAAUUCGCAUAGUAGUAGAUUAUUAUUAUUCGCAUAAAUAAAUUCCUAGGCUGCCUGCCCUGCCCUGCCCCCCAAAAGCAAAAGAUAAAAACUGUUGCAAACGCAAAACGGAAACCGGAGCGCAAGAAAAGAAAAACCACUGGCAAUUUGUUGUUCACGUCUCUACACACACAUACUACUAGUUGUAUUAGUAGUUGUAGCAUAUAACUUAUUGGAAAAUCUCCAAAAUCGAGCUCACACACACACACACAUAGACAGAAAUAGUGCAAAAAUUGCAGAAAACAAAAACUCAAAAGUGCAGCAAGCGAAACAACAAAAGUUUUGAACAACUUUAGCAGCGAAUCGCUUAAACAGAAAUCAACACAGAAGCCGCAAAACAAGCAGCACACCAAAAAAAUACACACACAUCACACACACACUCUCACACACACACAGCAACAAAAUGGCCUUAAUUAUGAAAUACAUCGAGAGCAUAAACAGAUAUAUGGACUCACAUAGUGAUUCAAGGACAAAGGACUGGCCCAUGAUGUCGUCACCCUUCCCCACACUGGCUGUCUGCCUCACAUACGUCUACCUGGUUAAGGUGCUUGGGCCGCGAUUAAUGGAGAAUCGAAAGCCGUUGCAUCUACAGAAUUUGCUGGUCGUCUACAAUGCGUCACAGGUUGUAUUUAGCGCGUGGCUCUUCUACGAGAUAGGAGUUUCCGGUUGGCUAACAGGACAUUAUAGCUUCCGAUGUCAGCCAGUUGACUAUAGUAAUAAUCCUAGAACGUUAAGGAUGGUUCAUGCGUGCUGGUGGUAUUACUUCUCCAAGUUCACUGAGUUCAUGGAUACGAUGUUCUUCGUGCUGCGCAAGAAGACAAGUCAGGUGACUACGCUCCAUGUCAUUCAUCACGGCUGCAUGCCCAUGUCCGUGUGGUUCGGCGUCAAGUUCACGCCAGGUGGCCACAGCACCUUCUUUGGCCUGCUCAAUACCUUUGUGCACAUUGUGAUGUACACUUACUACAUGUUCUCGGCCAUGGGUCCACAAUACCAGAAGUAUCUCUGGUGGAAGAAGUACCUGACAACGCUGCAGAUGGUCCAGUUCAUUCUGAUCAUGGUGCACGCCUUCCAAUUGCUCUUCAUCGAUUGCAAUUACCCGAAGGCCUUCGUCUGGUGGAUCGGAAUGCAUGCCGUCAUGUUCUUCUUCCUGUUCAACGAGUUCUACAAGGCAGCCUACAAAAACCGUCUCAUGAAGAAGAACGCGCAGCUGGCGAACGGACAUGCCAAACCCAAUGGCUACUGCAAGAGCAUCAAUGCCCAUGACGAUCUGUUUCUGCCACAACCGGUGGCAACAGCCACGCCCACAGCUGCCACAGCGACGACGACAGAGGCCAAGGCCAAUGGCACGCUGGCCAACGGUCAUGCGAAUGGCCUCAAGAAUGGCUACAAGCAGCUGGCCAAUGGCAACGGGGAAUGUGGCCAACGGGAAUGCGAUGCACAGCAAAACGAAUGGCAUCCUGCUCAAUGGCUAUGGAAAUGGCAGCAAUGGCAACGGUUAUGCCACAAAGCUGCUCGACGAUGUGGCACAGGAGCUGACACACCGAAAGACACCCAAAUAAUAUCGGGGCAAUGCGGGUCGGCGCCAACACAGAGCUUAGAGCAGAGAGAGGAGAAAGGAGAAAAGAUCAAGAAGAGAAGAUCAAGGAUCGAGGAUCGAGGAGCAGGCAUAGCUAAGCAGCGCCAGGAGCAGCAAAAAACUGUUUGUUCCACACGAGUCAUAAGCACACACACACACACACACCUUCAACUACAUCUACACCACACACAUACACAUGCAUUCACACAUACAUACACACACCGAAGCAAGCAUAAACAUGCACACAAAGAGAAGAAAUAUAUUGUUAUUGAUACGAAAAUAUUUAAUAAUAAUUAUGAUAAUGUAUGUGUGUGUGUGUGUGUGUAUGUAUGUGCAUUGCUGUUCACAUUGCAUUGCAUACCAUUAAUUAAUUAAUGAAAAAUACAUUUUUUUGUUGCUUUUUUCUCUUUUUAACUAUUUUAGUUGUACAAAGCUUUGUAUACAUAAAGAAAACAAAAACACAAAAAAAAAAACAACUUAAAAACCACAAAAAAAACACAAAA